AUGGAGACAGACGAAAGCAAGAGAGCAAAGAGUGAUUCAUUAACGAUAUAUGUAGGGGAUCUGCCACCAAAGACCAUUGACUCUGAUCUCUUCAGGAUUUUUUCGAAUGUAGGAAAGAUUUUGAACAUCAAGCUGAUCAAGAGGGGGGAGAGUGCACCGUCUUUCGCAUUUGUGACUUUUGAGAAUGAAGAAGAUGCAGAAAAGGCUGUGAGGGAAUACAAGCAUUACGAGCUGCACGACAGGCAAAUAAGGGUGAUGAGGAAGGACGAAAGGCCGCCCGAGACUGGGAAUAUCUUUGUAAAGAAUCUCCCCGAGAGCUUUACUAGCAAGGACCUGGAUGAUGCGUUUUCCAUGUUUGGGGAGAUUGUAAGCUGCAAGGUUGCAACUACGCCGCAAGGGAAGUCUAAGGGAUAUGGGUUUGUGCAGUUUAAGGAGAAGCGGUCUGCAAAAAAGGUGAUCAAGAACUUCAACAAUCUCAACGGGCUUAUGCUUGGAGGAAACAAGAUUGUUGUGGAGCUGUACAACCCCGAGAUGAAGAAGGGGGAAAGCAAGAAGGUAUCGACGAUGUUUACGAAUUGCUUCAUCAAGAACUUCCCUGGAUCUGUUGGGGAGAAGGAGCUGCUGGAUCUCCUUGAGAAGUAUGGGAAGGUGACGUCCCUGUGUUUUCCGACAAAGGAUGAUGGGAAGCCGAAGGGCUUUGCAUUUGCCAACUUUGAGACUCAUGAGUCUGCACUCAAUGCCAUCAAUGGUCUCCAUGGGACGUUUCCCUUUGAUAACGGCAAGGAUGGAGGGGAGCCCUUUUACAUUCAGAAGGGACAGAAAAGAGAGGAGAGGGCAGAGGUGCUCAGGAAGAUGUUUGAGCAGCUUAGCAUGCAAGGACAGAACUACAAGAAGAAUCUUUACAUAACAAACAUCCCCGAGGGCUUUGGUGCUGAGGAGCUUAGCAACAUAUUCAAGGAGUUUGGAAGCAUCACGUCUAUGUCAGUGGGGGUUGACGGGGCGAACAACCAGAAGCAAUAUGCCUACAUAUGCUACUCCACGCCUGAGGAAGCAAGCAUAGCUGUGGAGAGAGGAAACGAGAUAUAUCUUGAUGGCAACAGGCUUCAAGUUGCCUAUUUCAAGAACAAGCUUGAGAGGAUGAAGGAAAAAGAGUUUGGAGGUCUUGGGUACAAGCCGGGGAUUCCGUACAUGUACAACCAAGGGGCGAGCUUUGCAUCCAAUGGAUUCAAGCGCGAGAGAAGCAGAAGCGGGUCUGUGAAACCGUAUGGCAACGAACUUGAGAAGUUGCAUAGUCUUGUGCUCGCAGCGGCGCCAUCAUUCAAGAGCCAAUGGAAAAGCUUUGGAGUCAGUAAUGAGACCGAGUUUUCUAACAAGGUCACAAAGGCUUUUCGCAACAAGCCUGAGGAAGAGAUCAGAGACAUGAUCGACGUAAACUUUGUGCUGACAAAGAACAUAGCGGCGGUCAUUGAAGAUGAUAAUUCCAAUGACCAAGUCUUACUAUAA